CACGCUUGCUGGCCCCAGGGUCCCCGCCGCCCCUCUGCAGGCCCUGUGCCCACCGUGACCGGGCCUCGGGGGCCCAGGUCCCCGGGGCCACCAGCUUCUGCGGGCGCCGGCCGGCAGGGAGGCGCCCAGGCCUCAGCAUGUUUCUCUACUGGAAGAAGCGGGGUGCCUACGAGCUGGAGGCCCUGCCCAGGGCGCUGGCCGAGCUGGAGCUGGGGGUUGCGGAGCGCUUUUCCUGGAGCUCCACCCUGGACAUCAUCGAGGACCUCGGGGACGACGGGAGCCUGGCGGAGGAGAAGGGGCUGCACUGUCAGAACCCCGACUGCAUGGACAAAGGGCCGGCGGCCAAGGCAUGCCACCAUCCCGACUGCCAGCAGCUGCGCCGCCCGGGGCCCCUGAGCCUCUGCGAGGCCUGUGACGCCAGCGCCAUGCACUAUGACGACCAGGUCCGCCUCGACCUGCCCCCGCAAGUUUCCGUCCUGGCCCGGAACGUGUCCACCCGGUCAUGCCCCCCACGCACCAGCCCCGCUAUGGACUUGGAGGAGGAGGAAGAAAACUCGACGGACAGCAAAGGGGACCGGAAGACCACCGGCCUGAAGCUCCCCAAGAAGAAGGCGAGGAGGAGACACACAGAUGACCCCAGCAAGGAGUGCUUCACCCUGAAGUUUGACCUGAGCGUGGACGUGGAGACAGAGAUCGUACCGGCCAUGAAGAAGAAGUCGCUGGGGGAGGUGCUGCUGCCUGUGUUCGAAAGGAAGGGCGUCACGCUGGGCAAGGUGGACAUCUACCUGGACCAGUCCAACACGCCCCUGUCCCUCACCUUCGAGGCCUACAGAUUCGGGGGACACUACCUGCGGGUCAAAGCCAAGCCAGGGGACGAGGGGAAGGUGGAGCAGGGGGUGAAGGACCCCAAGUCCUUGAGCCUGCCAGUCCUGCGGCCAGCUGGGGCCGGGCCCCCCUCCCUGGAGCGCGUGGACCCCCAGAGCCGCCGGGAGAGCCUGGACAUCCUGGCCCCUGGCCGCCGGCGCAAAAACAUGUCGGAGUUCCUGGGCGAGGCGAGCAUCCCUGGACAGGAGCCCCCGCUGCCGUCCAGCUGCUCUCUGCCCAGCGGUGGGAGCGGGAGCGGCGACAGCUGGAAGAACCGGGCCGCCAGUCGCUUCAGCGGCUUCUUCAGCUCGGGCCCCAGCGCCAGUGCCGUGGGCCGGGAGGUGGACAAGAUGGAGCAGCUGGAGGGCAAGCUGCACGCCUACGGCCUCUUCGGCCUGCCCCGGCUGCCCCGGAGGCUCCGCUUCGACCACGACUCGUGGGAGGAGGACGGGGACGAGGACGAGGAGGACGACACGUGUCUGUGGCUGGAGGACAGCUGGAGGGAGCUCAUCGAUGGGCACGAGGUGGGGCCGGUGCCUUCAGCCGCUGUCCUCACCCCCGUGGGGAGCGGCCACCUGACAGUGCCACGUGCGCCAGCUGUUUCUGUGGCAGGGGCGGGCUUCGGCUCCCUCUUCCAGCCCUACGUCCGCUACUGCUCGGAGGAGGAGGGCUGCCUGGAGUACGUGCGGGGCCUCCUGCGCGACAACGGCCUCUUCCGCGCCUACGUCACGUGGGCCGAGAAGCACCAGCAGUGCCAGCGGCUGAAGCUGAGCGACAUGCUGGCCAAGCCCCACCAGCGGCUCACCAAGUACCCGCUGCUGCUCAAGUCGCUGCUGCGGAAGACGGACGAGCCGCGCGCCAAGGAGGCGGUCGUUACCAUGAUCGACUCGGUGGAGCGCUUCAUCCACCACGUGAACGCGUGCAUGCGGCAGCGGCAGGAGCGCCAGCGGCUGGCCGCCGUGGUCAGCCGCAUCGACGCCUACGAGGUGGUGGAGGGCAGCAACGACGAGGUGGACAAGAUCCUGAAGGAGUUUCUGCAUCUGGACCUGACCACGUCCAUCCUCGGUGCCUCCCCGGAGGAGACACGGCAGCUGCUGCUGGAGGGGAGCCUCAGGAUGAGGGAGGGGAAGGACAGCAAGAUGGACGUGUACUGCUUCCUCUUCACCGAUCUGCUCUUGGUGACCAAGGCCGUGAAGAAAGCAGAGAGGACCAAGGUCAUCAGACCACCCAUGCUGGUGGACAGGCUGGUGUGCCGGGAACUUCGGGACCCUGGCUCCUUCCUCCUUAUCUACCUGAACGAGUUCCGCAGCGCCGUGGGGGCCUACACGUUCCAGGCCAGCGGCCAGGCUUUGUGCCGGAGCUGGGUGGAUGCCAUUUACAAUGCCCAGAACCAGCUGCAGCAGCUGCGUGCGCAGGAGCUCCCGAGCGGCCAGCAGCACCUGCAGAGCCUGGAGGAGGAGGAGGAGGAGGACUCUGAGGAAGGGGGAGAGAGCGGCGCCUCGGCCGCCAGCUCGCCCACCCUGCGCAGGAGCAGCGACAGUCUGGACUCCCAGCACUGUGCCUCGGACGGCUCCACGGAGACCCUGGCCGUGGUGGUGCAGCCUGGGGACGCGCUGUCCUCGCCGGAGUCCGAGGGUGGCCCCUUCAGCUCCCAGUCCGACGAGACCUCGCUGGGCACCACCGCCGCCUCCGCCACGCCCACCGGCGAGCUGCUGCCUCUGGGCCCGGUGGACGGGCGCUCGUGCUCCAUGGACUCCGCCUACGGCACCCUCUCCCCCACCUCCCUCCAGGACUUCCUGGCCCCGGCCCCUGUGGCGGAGCCGGCGCCCUGGGCCCCGGAAUCGCCGCCGGCCCCCUCAUCCUCGCCCCGCCUCCGCCGCCGCACCCCGGUCCAGCUGCUGCCCCAGCUGCUCAAGUCCAAAUCCGAGGCCAGCCUCCUCCAGCUGCUGUCGGGGGCCUCCGCUCGUGGCGCGCCCCCAGGCCCCAGCCGCAGCCUGUCAGAACUCUGUCUGGCUGCUCCAGCCCCUGGCCCCGGGCCUCGGGCCUCCCCCCGGGAAGCCAGGCCCAGCUGGGAUGGCCGGGGGCCGGCGGAGUCGGAGGGUAGAGCCAGCUGCCCAGCUGGGGGCCCCGAAGGACCUGCCGGGAGGAGCGGAGAGCUGCCCUCGGGAACCUCGCCCGCCCUGCAGCCCGAGCCCCCCGCAGGGAUCUCUGCCCAGCACCGGAGGCUGACGCUGGCACAGCUCUACCGAAUCAGGACCAGCCUGCUGCUCAACUCCACGCUCACCGCCUCGGAGGUCUGAGCACAGGGAGGCCUCCGAGGGUGCCGCUGACGGAGGGACAGCAGCCAACACGCCUUGGGGUGAGCCCGCCCCAGCUCCUCAGCCACCUCGUGUCCGCGCCAGCCGGAGCGCCGGGCAGGACCCCUGCCCGCCUGGGGCCCGAUUUGCACUUUGCCAGACUGGACGGAGGGAGGCGGAGGGCGCUCCUCGGAGCCCAGCCCUGGCUGCAGCGCCCCUCAGGAGUGUCCCCCGGCCGCGGCCCCCGCGCUCGCCUCCCCACCUGCACCUGCCUGGGCAGGAGCCCGCCCCCUCCUGGAUGGCCACGGGGUCCCAGGCAGCCCUCCAGCCCCACCUGGCCCCAAGGGCCGACCCUGCCCUUACGGUUCCCUCCCUCCCUCCGGCGGGGCGGGGCUUUGUGUACAGCUGCGUAUUUAUUGAGCUUCUGAUUCUUUUAUAAAGACUGUGUAUACUCAC